AUGGGGAUGCUCAAGUACUGUGGGGUGACAGAAUUGUCCGGGAAGCCAGGAACGGGGAAGACUGCGAUUGCCAUUGAAGAAUCGAAAGAGCUUGCAACAAUAUAUAUAACAACAACAACGUUUUGCAUUGAAAGAUACAAAGGUACGUCUAAGGAGGUGAUGGACCGGAUUAUUGUGAAGUACAUUCCGGGCAUUGAGUAUCUAGCAUCCUUUGUCAUGAAUUCCAUGGAAAGAAUUAUUAUAGAAAUGGGUGUCAGGUUGGUUAUCAUAGACAGCCUGGAUCAUCUUCUUGCAACCGAGGGCGCGGGAAUGGAUCGGCGCAUUCUAUUUGGAAUCGUCAACCGACUCAAGAGAAUGAACCAGAAGCACGAGGUAAACAUCCUGGUCGUCACCUACCACCAUGGAAAUUGGACGGUCGGUACCUUUUGCAUACCCAAUCCCAUGCUCGGGCUCCAGUGGAUGUAUAUGGUGAACACAAGGUACAUUUGCUGCAGAGAUGGAGACAAAAGAAUACUCAGGCUUGCCAGAUCACCCUCGAUGGAAUCAAGGGCCUGGGAGUUUGAGAUUGGGUCAUCUGCAGUGCUGAUUGCAUCUGAAAUUGUAGAGCAGCAAGAAACCUUCUAA